AAAAAUUUAAUUAAUUUUUUUGAAUGAUUUAUCCUUUUUAAGCGCCUGAGAUUCAUGUCAAGCGUUCCAUUUUAUCUUCCAAUCCUGUAUUUAAGUAUUCUUCUUGGAUCUCUUAGUCUUUUUUCAUUUUUUUAUACAAAAUAUAAGCGCUUAAAAAUAUCACCACUAGAAGAAUGGUUUUCUUCUAACAUAUCAAGAGAUAUUUAUUUUUCACUACUUCAUCUUUCAGAUUCAGUUCCAACAAAUAUUCUUAAAGCAGCAUUAUUAGAAAGAGCAAAAGAGAACCUGAAACGUAUUCAUGAACUUCGUCUGAAAAAAACAGUUCUUAAUCAAGCAGUUCAACGAGGUUUAUUAUCAAAUGAUUUAUGGAAACAAUUUCGUUUAUUGGAGAAAGAGCUUGAAUUAGAAGUAAUGGAUAUAUCAAGAGAAGCACAAUCCUUCAGGAAGGACUGGGGCCAACUUAUUUUUCAAACGGCUAACGAAAUGGUUCUGAAUGAACAAUUACGACAAAAUAUUAUGCAAAUUAGAGACAUGGCAGAAAAAGAGGGGAAAAGAUAUGAAAAAUUAAAAAAAAUCUCAGAAAAAGUUAAAGAAGAACAAAAACGAAUCGCAGAAAGCGAAUUACUUAAAGAAGUAAAUUCUUUAAGUAGUUCUCAAAAGAAAAAAACAAAAAUAUAA